CGUUUAGUUAACAUUGUUAUGCGAGAUAUUCAUAGAUGGAAAGUGAAACUAUAUCCUGUCAUGAAAACAUGCCAAGCUUCCUGAGGGCGAAAAUGGUGGUCAGUCUUGACAAGCAAAGGGGAAAUUAUCCACAUUUAGGUGUGAACAGAUGACCAGUUAUUCAGUGCAGUUUACUGUCAGCUCCUGCAGCUGACUCUUACAAAUAAUCUUUUUUUAAAGACACUACUCAAAUGUAUUGGUACGGGACACACAGGAUCUUAAUUGAGGAAAUAAUAUUCAUAUACUACUAGCUUUCUGGAAGUGGAAACAGCUUGCUCUAGGGAACUGGACAUACUUAAUUUUGAACUUAAACACAGAAAAGUGGAUUUCCUGGGAGGUACUCUAUCCUGUGGCAACAUGGGGAACAGCUGGGACUGUUGUGGACGAAAAAGCCCAUGUGACCACACAGAGGAUGAGACUAAGGGUUUACUACACAACUCUGAAUCAAAGACAUCAACCAAGGCCGGAACAGAAGUCGGCAUCAGUCCAACCUCAGAAGAGGAGGAAAGGCAUGAAGAAGAAACAAAACCAGGGCUGGAUGUAGUGGUUGUAACCAAGCAGCCAACUCUAAAAGUUCAAACUCUUAAAGCACAGAGUUCUUACUCGACAACAAUAUCAAUGUUACAAACAGAAGCCUCUGUUGCUGCUGAAGUUAAUCACAAUGUCCCGCCUAAAACGAUAUUGGCACCAGAAGAGAUGGCCAUCCUAACUAUAGAAACGACAGAGGCAUCAAUAGAGGCUGGCAGCUCAGCUAUAGAAACGACAGAAACAAAGAAUGCAGUCAUACAAGAGAUUGAAAACAUUACUGCCAAAGUCUCAGAGGUUCCUCAAGACACAACUGAAGCACCUGUGAAGCCUGUUGCCUCACCAGCGAAAGAAGACCUCAGGGGUCAGCAUGAGUCGCUUGAAAAAGUAGACAUCACAGCAGUGCCGACAGAUGAUGCAGGUGUUACUGCAACAAGUCCAGACUCCACAGUUGCACCUGUUGAGGAGGUAGCUGUUGAGGAAACAGCUGUUAAGGAGGCACCUGUUGUUCUGGUAGAUUCCGAGAAGAACUCCUCUGAACCAGAAACACUUGUGGAGAUCUCAGAUGAAAAGGAAAUGAUCCGAACUGAGGAACUGAAAGACACCAUUGAUGUAAAACAUGAUGAGGCUGGCCCAGUUCUUAAUGACACAGGAGAUAUUUUAGCAGUAGAGAACAACAGCACAGAACCUGACUCAUGCAUUUUAGGUCAGGCAAAUGAGUUGGAUGUUUUUGAGAAAAGUGUUACUGACGUGACCGCAGAAGAAGAGCUCACUAAGGAGGCAGUAACUGAAGUGGAAGAGAAACUUUUAGGGUAUUCCCAUUCUGAGAUGUGUGAAUUGAAGCAAGAAAACUCUGAAGUCUCUGAAUCUCAGGAACAUUCAUCCUCCCUAGUGGUAGAUAUUACAAAUGGAUUCUCUUCUGGCUUUGAGAAUGGUGUAGUGAAGGACUCUAGCAAUCUAAAAAGUGAGAAAGAAUUUAUUGCUGAUGUCACCGUUGUGAAAGGGGUGCCUCAAAAAGAAGAUACAAUCCAGAAACCUAGUGAGAAGCUCUUAGAUGUUGAGAUUGAGGAACAACUGUCAUCUGAAACCUCUACACAUAUUCACAGCACUGUUAAAAAGGACAUAUCUGAAGUCAAAGAUUUUGUGACAGACAGGAAUGAAAAGGUUACAGACCAGGUGCAGGAGGCUACAGAACCCAAUCAAAAUGGCCUUGACUCCACAUGUUCCUCUGUGCCCUCAAGUCCCAUUGAGAAAACCAGACCCACUAAGUCAAGGAGUGAUUCAGUUGCUGCUGAAGACACUGUAGAGGUCAAAGCUAAUGUUAUUGUGCUGACUGAGAUGAUAUCACUGGAGGAAGUCGUAGAAGAUGCUGCAGAAACUGAAGCUCAACAAACAGAAGAGAAUAAGGAAAAGCAGGAAGAGAAAACUAGUGUUGCCCAGGAAAAUGAAGGAAUGGAAGACACCGAAAGCUCUGAGACCCAAAAAGGAGAGGUCCUUUUCAGCAGUCAUAAAGUAGAGGUGGAGCUGGUACCUAUAAGGGAGAGAGACAGGAGUGUGGAAGAAGAUCCGAAGGUGAAUGAUGAGAGUACAGACCUGUAUCUGGGAGCUGAGGAGAUUGAAAUGGGGGCCAGUGAAGACAAGCCAUCAAAACCACUGCUGGAGCUCACAAUUCCUGGUGUUGAGACCAGAUGUAGCUUAGCACAAGCUGUGGACAUACUGGCCUACAGUGAGCGAGAAUGGAAGGGCAACACAGCCAAAAGUGCCCUGGUCAGAAAGGGCUACAAUGAGAUGUCUCGUAGCUUCAGCGCUCUGAGGCAAGUAAGAGGAGAUAACUACUGUGCCCUACGAGCAACACUGUACCAGGUGCUGGUGACCAGCACAAAAAUGCCCACCUGGCUGCAGGAUGAAGGCUUUCUACUGUUGCCAGAGAUGAUUGAGGCUCGGGAGCAUCUGAUUGGUGAAUGGGUGUUUCCCCUAGAAUGCAACUGGGGAAGUGAAAAGCAGGAUUCUGUAGAAAGGCUGAAAAAUUAUCUAGAGCUCCUUAAGAAGAAGUGGCAGGCAGCAGCAGCCGCUGAGAGCCCAGAAGAGAAGCAGAGUGUGUGUGAGCACGUGUUUCAGGGUGGUGAGGAAGAGUAUGGUCUUUUGGAAGCACUCAAGUUUCUGAUGCUGGCCAAAGCCGUUGAGCUUCAUCACAAUAUGGUGUCAGAUCAAGAAGUGCCUGUGUUCUGCUGGCUCCUUUUUGCCCGUGACACAUCAGAAAACCCCCAAACCCUCCUGACCAAUCACCUGAGCCAGAUUGGCUUCACCGGAGGAGUAGAACAGGUAGAGAUGUUUCUAUUGGGCUAUGCCUUACAGCACACCAUUCAAGCCUUCCGUCUGUACAUGACAGACACAGAGGAGUUUGUUACACAUUACCCAGAUGACCACAAGCAGGAGUGGCCCUGCGUGUGCAUCGUGACAGAGGACGAUCGCCAUUACAACGUUCCGGUCAGGAGGACCGUUCAACACCAGCAAAGAGCCGAUAUCAUGAUGACCUGAUAACACAGACCUCAGAGAGCAAAUCUGACCAACAAAGGUGGCACGAUGUUUUGUUUUUUGAUAGUCUGUUGGUCAUUCGAAUGAAAACGCUUAAUGAUGGGAAUGUAAAGCAAUCUGCUGAGAUCAUUUUGCAAGCAGAAGUGCUCAGGUUUUUUCCAAAAUUAAUCACAGCACUAACACACUGCCUGUCAGAAAAAGUUGUGAUGAGUAACAUAGGUGCAGACAGGAAGCAAAGUUCUUAAUUUGCACUGUUGAAUACAAGUUGAAAUUUGAUCAUUUUCUUUGUUGAUGUUAAAGAAUACUAAGAGUUUACAACAAGUUUAGAAAAUAUUGAUUCAAAAGAAUGUUAGUUCAUUCUGAGUGUAUUCACAUUCUGAAUUCACAUUGUCUGCUGAAGUCCAUUUGAUGCAGAUUCAAUCAAAUUUAUAUUGUUUCAAAAUAUAAAACAUGCCCGAAAAAUGCCACUGGCAGUGGUUGUGGCUUUUUUAGCCAACGUUGAGACUGUCAGAUAUCUUGGGUCAUUUUUAAGCAUUGCUACAUAUGAAUGGCAAAUGUUUGUUUAUUUAUUUAUUUAUUAAUUUUUUUGGGAAACAAACAAGCAUGUUGAUAUGCACAAUCUUACACUGAUUAAAAAAAAAGACAAUAUGAUCAUGUGAACCCCUUAAAUGGCUUUCCAUUAUCAGAUAAGGUCAUAAAUAAUUAAAGCAAAAACCAAUCAACACUGGUAGAUUUUUGCCCAUUACCCUGAUUUCACAUUGCAUGUAAACACCUUUUCCGGCAUUCUUACCAGCUUAUUUAAUUUGUGCAAGUGUUGUGUGCAUGCCUGUUUACGUUUUGACGUCAAAAGCGGAGAAUAACCUGAUGAUUUCAAAUCCCAUGUAAACAAAGUUUUCUUGCAUUGUCAGACUUUUUGAAUGAGCUGAUUUUUGGCAGUUGUCUGCGUAUUGGUGUACAUGUAAACACACUCAUUUUGAUAGAAUCUUAUGGAAUAGUUUUCCAUACUGGUGUCAUUGCCAUGACAGUUUUCCUCUGUAUUAGUUGUAACUGCUUUUUAAAAAGUAUAAUUUGAAAUUUAAUAUCAAAUGACGCUCUACACAAAACAUUGUCUUAAAGGCAAGAGUAGUUAGACGUUUAAAGUAAGAAUAACUUAUUCUAAAGUGUUGCCAUACACUCACAUUCAUUGUGUUAUUUUACGUUUACAUUUAUGUUCUUAGCUAUGGAGCCCCUAAGAGGACAGGGCGGGAAUAUAUUUUCUGACAUAGUUUUGUGUGCCCUCGCAAUAAGUUUUGCCUUCUCUCGCAAUAGUUUGCAUUCCCUUGUAAUGGUUUUGUGUUCCCUUGCAAGGAGUUCCCUUUCGUAGGAACGCAAGCUGCGUAAUCGCAUUGGGACACACCCUGAGUGUCAUGUGGUCUGAAGCCCUUAUACAAUCAUGCCAGUUUAUUGGAGGGAGCUAUGUCACGGGCUCCAUAAAGGUGCUUGCUUUCACGCCAUGGAGUCAGAUUUCUGUUCUUCAUUGCGUGAUUUUGUCUAAGCACGUUUGCUCCAGCGACUCGCAUUGAAGCGAGGAUUAUUAAUCCUCCCUUUUGAGUGGUGAACACGUAAGGACAUCAUUUAUACAGCGUAAAUUUCAGAGCAAUUUUAAUAUUUUUUUCCCAAACAUUACAAGGGUCCGACGGGGACAGCUGCGCUUUCUGAGGCACGCAAUUUCUCACCACGAGGUGUUAUCCCCACUUGUUCCAGUUCCACGGCCUCCAGAUUUGAAGCUCCGUGUGCAGGAGCCGUUUGGGAUUUCGACUUUGUGUCUGAGAAGUUUGGAGUGCGAACAUGCUCUGACAUGAUCUAAGGCAUAGCUUGGCGGCCAUUUUCUGACAAAGCGUGCAAAAAAGUUACCAUGCAUGUCUUGAGCCGUCGCCAUUAAAAAACGCUGUAUGUGAGAAUUAGUCGUUGGAAGGUAAGGAACAAAUUGGCCCCUUUGUCUCUAUUGUCUUUUUUGGGAGAAUGCACAUAAAUAAGGCAAUUGUGGAGAGGCCUCUGCCUUUCACUCUCUCCCCCUGCCUGUUCGAAGUGAACUGCUCACUCAUGGCCCGGUGAGUCCGGCCGCAGAACGAGGGGGCUGGAAUAAGAGAAUAUUCCCCAACACAGUGAUGGUGAACCAACGCGCGCAGUGCUUCAUCUGUGCUAUUAUUCUUUCGGAUUCUAUCAGGAGAUGCAAGGUAUUUUAACUCGUUUCUUUUAUCUUUCACCUGUUUGUGGACCACGCGGGCGUUCUGGCGAGACAAGAGAUGUGCACUGCUAUAUCUGCUCAAUUUUUCGGUGGCGGCAUGGAUGUCGCUCUUUUCAGUCAGCUGUUGGAUCUACACACAAUGGUUUUGCAGUCCAACCAAGCGCAUCGCAUUAAGGAAUACUUUGAGCUAAUAUCGGCUCCGUUUGGAAUUUCCCUCAUGUUUCCCCCCAGUGGCUCGUGCUGGGGAAAGAGUUGGUCAAGGCGAUGCUUUUGUUUGCCAGGGUGUUUCACGCUAUCCGGGCACUAGACGUUGUUCCCCCAUUAUAUGCUGGGAUCGGUUUAGUGUCUAACCCUUUUUUCAGUACACCUAUUUAGCUCAGUUUCCCCUGUAAUUUAUGCUGGAGAAACGAGCAUUGAAUGUUUUCAGCUUGAGUUUGGCCUCUGCCUUCAUGACCAAGGAUCUCGGGGCAUGCAUAAUAUAAUUCAAUAUGCAAUAAAAAUAGGUCUACAUGUGAGCUUGACGGGCUUGCUGUGUAACCAAGUAUGAGCCCCCACUCAGUGAAUGAAAUUGGAUCAUAUAAACAUAUUAGUUUCUCUCCUGUUUACCCUUUGGUCAGUAUCGGAAUGAGUUAUAUGCGCCUCGAACGUACGACAACCAGAAUAUGGUUCAGUAUUCCCCCACAGCUUGCUGGGGAGCGAACAUAAAAAAAAAUGCUUUAUGAAAUCAGCCUUUGUCUCUAUGACCAAGAGUCUCACAAAAUGCAUAACAGAAUUCGAUGUUCAAGCACAAGUGUACACAAAUCACACAGUGAACAUAAACACCACACGUUGUUCCCCCCAUAAGCAUGCUGGGGCCAUUGUGGUGAGCCUGCUUGCUCUCAAUUCCCCUCUAUGUUUGCACAUUAUUCCCCAUUCUGUGCUAGGGGAGAUGGUUUAUUUGGUGUCCUGUGCUGUAAAUACAUUCAGAAUGACCGUUUUUUUAUAAUUGCCUGAUCCAAUUUCAGCCUCUGUCUCCACGACCAAAGGUUUCAAGACAUGCAUAACAGAAUUCGAUGUUCAUCCGGCACAAAUGUACACAAAACACACAGUGAACUUAAGCACCACAUGUUGUCCCCCCAUAAAAAAUGCUGGGGCUGUUGUGGCUAACCAGUUUUAUCAAGUAAACAUUACCCCCAAUGUUCAUACACUGUUCCCCAUUCAAAUACCAGGGAAAAGGUUUAUUCUGUCAGCGUACCUACUGUAGAUACAUUUCAGGGUGCUCAUAAUUUAUGCCUAAAUACAUUAAAGGCAAAAACAUUAUCAAAUUCCCUUCAACCAGCCAUAGUAUUGGAGAAGCAAAGGCUUCCUUCCGCUGUGUCGCUGGUUCUGGGGCAGUCGCCAAAAGUAAGCCAAGUACGCCAUCUAGUGCUUAAAGGUCACGCUGCAUGCAAGAACCAUGCAUUAAUCCCUCUGUCUGCUCAUCUGUUGGCUUGGCAGCAGCUGUAGGACAUUUCAAACUGAGUACUUCGAAUUAUAAAGCAUGGUUAUUUAAUUCAAUUCAGGCGGGCUCCGCCGGUGUUCAAUGGGGUUGUUCCGACAGACAUUUCUGUUCUAGAAGCCCCGUUUUUGAUUUGGGAAAUUCACUCUAUCUUAGAAAAAGGGGCAAUAGUGGGGAUUCCCCCUUCUCAGAUAGAAUGCGGCUUUUACAGCCGUUAUUUUCUGGUCCCAAAAAAAGACGCCGGCUUGUGUCCCAUUCUGGAUUUUGAGACGUUUCAAUUUUGCUCUAAUGAAAUGUACAUUCAGAAUGCUGACGCAGAAACAAAUAAUGUCACAAGUGCAGCCGAGGGACUGGUUUGUGACAAUAGAUUUAAAGGACAUUUAUUUCCAUAUUGCGCCGAAGCACAGGUGCUUUCUCAGAUUCGCUUUCGGGGGCAAGCGUAUCAAUUUUGCGUCCUUCUGUUCGUACUUGCACUGGCACCAUGCACUUUCACAAAGUGUUUGCCCACUCUUUGUGAUGUUUGCCCACUCUGAGACUUUGGCUGCCCAACAUCGAAAUGUCAUUCACAGCCAUUUGAUCUAGGGCUGUGUGCAACCAGGGGUGGAGCUGGAUUCGCGAGCGAUGCAGGCAUGUCUGUCUCCAGUUCGCGUUCUGUCAUUUCGCCAGUGUCUAGCGAUGUUCAGAGUGGGUCGUGUUCUCCCUGUGAACACGACCCUUUAAGCCCCGGCAAUGCUUAAAGUCUAUGUUGCCGCUACAGCGGCUGAGCAUGCGCUUAUCAAUGGAGUCUCUGUUGGUAGACAUCCUGUUGUCUCUUAUUUUAUGCGCAGGGUACUAAAUGAAACUUUUAAUUCCUUCUGUUUUAUUCAGACGCUUUAGUUCGCUUGUGCGCCGCUAUAUGCUUACCACACGGUUGGCAGCUACUGUUCUCAUGGCGUGAAUGUAUAUUGUUCCCAAUGCGAUUGCGCAGUUCGAGUUCCUAUGAAAGGGAAUGUCUCAGUUAUGUGAAGUUUUAUAUUCUCUUUUUAAAUAUUUCCAUUUACAGUCCUAUUCAUAACUCAUAAGAAAAAAACAAACAGAAUACAAAGAAAAAAAUAAGAGCAAUAAAUUAUUUGAAUCAAACUAAAAUUUAGCAUUUGCAUUAACUGCUUAAUUUUUACAUGACACAUUUAUACAAACAUAUAUACAAUGUUCCUAUCAAUCCAUUCUUUCAUACUUUUUAACACCUCAAUUUUAAACAUUUUCUUAAUUGUUUUACACAAUCUUAAAAAAAAUUUUUUUUAGCUUAAAUACCUUUGUAAUUGCAGUAAAACCAUAAUAACCACAAAAUUAUGAUUUGUAUUACCAUAGUUUUAAUUUUUCUGUUAUUACUGAUUUUACUAUGAAUAUCAAGGUUAAAAUAUUGUUACUGUAUUAAAACCAUGGUAAAUUUAUUGCGAGGGAACGCAGAACAAUUAAGUAAAAGAACAAUUAAGCCAUGUAAAACUAUUUAAGAAAAAAAUUCCUGCCAAGUCCCCUAAGGGGCUCCAUCCUUAGCAGAUGCUGAAAGCAACUUCAUAAAUCAUUAAAUCAUGUUAGCAGGCAGCUGGUAAUACACACUGCUAGCUGAACUAGGCCUCAGAUGCAAAGAGUAGUUUUAAAAUAUUUUUUAACUCCAGUUUGAACAAAAUUUUAAGAUUAAGCAAAAACUGCUUGCACAAGCCAGAACAAAUGCACAGUAUGGCCAUUUGUCUGUACAGUCUAGCUCCAAACCUUUUAAUAUUUAUGACUAACAGGCUAAUAUUGACUAACAUUUCCAAACAUUCAGAAAAAGUUAUACAGUAUUGGUUAUGUGCAAUGAUCAUUUUUCAAGACCUGACAGAUCAGAAGAUUGAGGAAAUAUGAAUAAAGAUUAUUCUAUGACUCAGUUACUGUAUUACCAUACAGUAUUAUUUUUAAUUAGGAAAAACAUUUAUUGUGCGUUUCAACAUUUAAACAAUUUAAUGCUUUCAUGGUGUAUUCAUAAAAGCAUGUUUAUGUGCUUACAUAUUGUCUAAGGCCACAAGCACCCCACAACAGUUAAAACAGGACCUACUUAACAUUAGAUUUCAUAAAAUAAUGGCAAAAAUGAUAAAUGGCUUAGAUCUUCCACUGGAAAAGGACACUGUAAAUAUAUUAUAUAAUGUGGUCCCAAAAGAAACAAGCAGAUGCUAUAUGGCUAAUACUGGAUCAGAAAUCAUGUGUCAGAGAGAAUUUGUUCACGAAACCUCAAAAUAAACAGUCCAUACAGAAGAGUGCGUACUCAGGCUUAAAUGUCUACAUACUAUAGUGACAUAUAGACAUGCAAAGAAGCCUAAAUAAAAUCUGACAAGAUCAAUAUAGUGUACAAAAAUAAAACUGAUCAUUUGGCACACAUAAACAAAAUGUCAAGUCGAUACCCCAAGUCAGUAAAACAAAUUACACUAGAAUAUGGGGGGGGGGUCAAAGUUUAGCAGAUAACACUGUCAAUAAAAUAUUUUUAAGCCUGUUCUUAAUGCAUUCCAAUAGGGGGAGUUCUCUCUCCUGGACAGGGCCGUUGCCCCAGGGCCUGUGAUGAGGGAUGGGCUCACCAUAAAAAUGUGGCUUGCAUCGAUCUGUUUUGGCAAAAAUGUUCAGCGGCUGCAGAAAAGGAUCUAAGGAAGACUUUUGUGUAAAUAUGCCUCAGUGCAAAAAGAUUCCGUAAGUGCAUAAGUGUGUUGAUGGAGACAUGCAAAUCCAGUAUUUGACUGAUCUGCUCAUUCUGUCCCAUCCUGGGGUCUGUCGAUUGGACAUUUCCAUUGGAGUUUGGGGUAAGGGAUUGUUUGAAAUGUAGAAAUAUUUGAUAUUAAUCUAUCAAAUGGACAAAACAAUCACACAACAUACACUUAAUUAUCAUUGAUCCAAUCAGGAUAUUGCACUGCUACAGAUAUCCACCCCUUUACCCUCUCUGAAUAAAUAAAUCAUCCAUCCUCAUGGUGAUUUUUCUCAUCCUCAAA